CGGACAUCGAGCUGUGAAUGACUCAAACGUCGUCUAUUACGCGCACAGCAGUACGGCAUCGUGUCAUGUUUUUAUUGCCCUUGUCUGCUGCAAUGAUUUGAUUCGCAUUUCUCCAAAGAAGAAAACAUACCAGAAAUUGAUGUGCAUCGUCUUUGUUUGCGUGGCAUCGAUGUGAUUCAAGUGCAUCGUAAUAUAACAUAGAAAUUGUCGUGGAAAAUCCGAAAUGUGUCAUUGAGUGUAUGUGCUCUGUAGAAAACAAAAGAUCAGCUUUUCGUUAGUCUAUUGAACAACGAACCAAGGUCGUUCCUUUUUUCGUUGUAUUUUUUUCCCUUUUUUUAUUUUGCAAAUCACUGUUUUGAAGUGAAAAUCGAUCGCCCCACCAUUAGCAGACGCCGCUCUCCUUUUGGCUCGCUCGUCCACACACAUUUUUUUUUCGUCGACGUCUUUGUGUUUGUUAGUUGUUUCCCUCGCUCGUUGGAAUCGGUUCGUCUGCACCCUAGUUGUCACCUGUGUGUUUCGUGUAUUGAUUCAAGAAAAGAAAGAAAUAACAUCGAGAAUUUCCAAAGCUGUAACCCAACCGGCAUUGAAAAUUCCUUCCAAGGCGGACUCGGGACUGCUGCAGUUGUUAAGAUCCGAAAGGAUUUCAAAACUGGCCAAUAACAUGGCUUCGGCAAGGGCCGCGGUGCUGAGCGAAUGCACUCAGACUCAGCGAGGAACGAGUGCCAGCCCAAAUGGAUCGAGUGGGUCUGGGAGUAGCAGCAGCAGCAGUAGCAGCAGCAGCGGGAUCGGCAAUAGUGCCAGCAGCAGCACAUCCGGCAACACGACGACAUCGUCUAGUAGCUCGAGCAGCAGCAGCAGCAGUAGUAACAACAAUAACAACAACAAUAAUAACAACACCACCUCUAGCAGCACCAGCAGUACCAGCGGAGGAGGUGGAGGAGGCAUCGGCCUUGUCGGCGGCAGCGGCUCUAGCAGCAGUGCCACCAGCAAUAUGGCCAUUUCCAGGGUGCCCAGUCCUCCGCCCCCGGAAGCAUCCACACCCGUUGCGGAAAACUGGUGUUACACUCAAGUGAAAGUCAUACGAUUCAGCUAUAUGUGGACAAUCAAUAAUUUCAGUUUCUGUCGAGAAGAAAUGGGAGAAGUUCUCAAAUCAUCGACUUUCUCUGCCGGGGCAAAUGAUAAGCUCAAGUGGUGUUUAAGAGUCAACCCGAAAGGUCUCGACGAGGAGAGCAAGGAUUACCUAUCGCUCUAUUUACUGUUGGUCUCGUGCAAUAAAUCUGAAGUCCGCGCUAAAUUCAAAUUCUCCAUCCUAAAUGCCAAACGAGAAGAAACGAAAGCUAUGGAGAGCCAAAGGGCUUAUAGAUUCGUUCAAGGCAAGGAUUGGGGAUUCAAAAAGUUUAUUCGACGAGAUUUUCUUCUUGACGAAGCCAAUGGUCUUUUACCCGACGAUAAACUUACACUCUUCUGCGAAGUGAGCGUAGUGGCAGACAGUGUCAACGUUUCAGGCCAAUCCAACGCUAUCCAGUUUAAAGUGCCGGAAUGUCGCCUUGCUGACGAUUUAGGUCUCUUGUUUGAAAAUCAGCGCUUCAGUGAUGUAACCUUGUGCGUCAAUGGACGUGACUUUCAGGCUCAUAAGGCGAUUUUGGCAGCGCGGAGUCCAGUGUUUGCCGCCAUGUUUGAGCACGAAAUGGAAGAACGGAAGCACAAUCGCGUCGAGAUUUCUGACGUGGAUCACGAAGUCUUUCGGGAAAUGCUUCGUUUCAUCUACACGGGCAAAGCAGCCAACCUGGAACGGAUGGCUGACGAUUUGCUGGCUGCCGCUGAUAAGUACGCCCUAGAACGGUUGAAAGUGAUGUGCGAGGAAGCCUUGUGUACCAACUUGUCAACAGAGAACUCUGCAGAAGUUCUGAUUCUAGCCGAUCUCCACUCUGCCGAUCAACUGAAAGCUCAAGCCAUCGACUUCAUCAACACACAUGCAACAGAUGUGAUGGAGACAGCUGGGUGGAAGUCAAUGAUACGGUCUCAUCCUCAUCUCUUGGCCGAAGCCUUUCGAGUCUUGGCUACCCAACAGAUCCCCCCGAUAGGUCCACCACGGAAGCGCAUUAAGCAAAAUUGAAGCCGAGAAAAAGCUUCGUUUUUGUAGAUCCCGCGCGCCCCGUCCUUCACUCAACCAUCACUACCAUGGUCCACAAUCCCUGAAGUCGUACGUCUGCGUCCCGCCCCCUCGCCCAGCCAACUAUACGUAUCUUCUUUUGCUGUUGCACAUACACACACACACACACACACGCAAGUUUAUGAUGAGCUUACGAGAUAAUUAUCCGUUGAUAGCUUAGCCGAUAGACAGCAAAACCUCGUAAACAAAAAUUCAAAAAAAAAAAAAAUUAAAUAACACAAGUCUCUUUAGUUUGUCAAUAUGUUGGAAAGGUAAGGGGGCUUUGCAGAUCUCGUCGUGUUACUGUAUUGAGCGCCAAACCCCGCCGCCCUCCCUCUCACAAAUGCUCCAACUGUGCCUUCCAUAUGGUAUCAGCCACUUAGGCAAACGUUUGGAAUCCGCAUAUUGUCAAGUUCUUUUUGUUUUGUUUGCCCACCUCAGAUAGAUUCCUCCAUUUUUUUAACAAUUCAGAGCUCGUCCUUCCUAACCAUCGUCAAAAGUCUUUGAGUUGAAUUUUCUAUCGCAGUCGGGUGGCUUCCCCCCUCUCAACGUCAAAUUGCAUUUAGAUGUGGGAUUCGUGUUAGACGAACGGUGAAAAAACAAAAACACACACAAAAAAAAGAAACAUUCAAACAAACAAAAAAAAAGGCUGGGCAAUGCUUUUUUCGCGAACACAUUGGCGCUAUGUUCCUAAGCGUUUAAGUACGGCCAAAAAAAAACGACAGGUUGGCUUCAAAUAGCCAGUCUUCACGUCGUCUGCUAAUAUAUACACAUCCAUAUAUAUAUAUGAAUAGAGAUGUAUACGCUUAUCGUGUUUGCGAUGCCCGCCUCCCUGAAAGGUUGGGGUCGUUGUGAACGGUAUGCAAAGUAUAUGUCUAUGUUUUUAUAUGUAUAUUGACAUGUACGUAUUUGUAUUCGUCAAUGUGUGACGCAUACCUGCCCAUGAUCUCUUCGCAAGUGAAGAAUGGUACAUUUUUAUUUUUGAAGUUUCGUCCCUGAAAGGCGAUCCUUUUUUUGGUUUCUUUUUUCUUUUUUUUUUUUUUUUUUUGUAGUUUCCGGUGAUGUUUCAUGAUAUCAAGUCUAGUAAGUGCCACAUAAAGCAUCCAAUUGUCAUUCAUUCUCGGAAAGCACUUUUAUCUCGAGGAAUAUAGGCAUAUUUCAGCUGUUGGGCACUUUCCACCAUUUAUUUUGUUAUUAUUAUUAUUCUUUUUUUUUUUUUUUAUUGUAAGACGAGAUACUAUAAUCGACUGUCGACAGAUCCUGGCCGAGAUUUCGAAACGAAAAAAGCCAGUGAUUAAGAGAUGCGCCGAUUUAUUAUUAUUUCUGUGUGUUGGGAGGAAACGAUCAUAGCCGAGUUCUGUACAAGAAGGUGUCACCAUCGUCAUUCUCUGCUCGAAUAAGAACGUGAGCGGGAUCUUUGCUGUGAUACGCAUCGUUGUCCAGUAACUGUUAAAACGCCAAUUGGAAAAAAGAUUUGAAAAAGAGAGGAAAAAAAAAAAUCUUUUGUUUUGUUUUCAUGUUUUUUUUUUUGCCAGCUUGAAUUGUCAUCAGUAUUCUUUUUCAUGAGUGGAAGACUUUUGAAUUUCGUGUUUCAAUGUCACCUUUUUCUAUUAUUGUAUAACAAAGUAAUGAGCAGUAAGAACGAUGGGCGAUUUUUCAGUUACCGGUAUAAUGUUCAUUCGUAGUUGCCAAUCCAGAUGGCAGAAAUUGAUCUUUGCGUUACGUUCUUAUUCUGAGCUACAAGGCGAAUAACAUUUUUGGAAAUUUUCGUUGAAAUUUUGCGUGAAAAAAAAAGAAAAGCUUUCUAAUAGCACCUUGCUGUUCUUUUGUUCUUUAUGAUUUAAUUUUUUAAAGAAUUCCCACCAAUUUUUUUGCCAUUUUUGAAAAGCGUGCCCAAGGGCGUAUGGAUCCUGAAAAAUGAUGAAAUGUACAAAACAAAUGCCCUUCUUCGCUAUAUUUGUCACCAGCGGAGCAAACGAUACCUCAAUAAUAUACUAGAUAGUUGAUCAUUUUGUUCCGAUAAUUGUUCAAUGAAGCAACCACUUCACGCAAACUCGCCUGGAGUUUAGUUUCGAGCUAUGUUUCGUUGAAAAGUAGUUCACAAAUUCCAGGAAAAGGCCGGAAAAAAAUUGUAUCGAUACUUCCGCACCGAUUGGCAACAAUGACGUAGUUUUGGACCUGGCCUCUACAUGAAACAGCGGCUAGCCAAAACGUAACAAAUGAAAUUUCAUUCGCUAUGUUUUUAGGUUUAAACAUUUUCUGACAAAAUUUGGAAGAGAAAAAGUAAAUAAAUAAAAGAAAAAAAAGAAGGAAGGAAAAGAUUGGCUUUCUGUCUAAAAAUGAGAUUUGUUGUGAAUGGUCCUGUCAAAUGCAUUUAUCGACAAAUCCCAUAGGUAUGGCUGAACGCUUAGCUGUUUUUGUUGUAUUGUUCAGCGCAAAAAGCUUCGUACUAAAUGACGAUUGCCCAUCCUACUUCGCGCCCCCGUGUUCCAUUGUAAAUUUACCGUUAUCUGUUGUAGGUUUCCCAAUUUGCUUCCACAUGUUUGAUUGAACUCAAUACAUAUUUCACACACUCAGAA